UUACUUAGGAGGUUAUAAUUCUGUAUAUUCAAAUUGUGUUGUAUGUUUUGAACCUUAGUUUGUGGCAACUAUAAUGGCACAAAAAACAGACUGGGCGAAGUAUGUGGCCCAAACAGAGAAUAAAUUAUCGCAAAUUAAAGUUGGCGACAAUAAAAACGACGUAAAUGGUUCGGAGGAGGAAGCACCGGAACAAUUUAGUCUCGCUGAAGCCAGCCUCCUGGCAAAAAUUAUUCGGAAGGGUUUGAUUGAAAGUAAAAACGACAUAGAGGUGCAGCGAAGGGAUCCCAACUCGCCCUUAUAUUCAGUGAAAACAUUUGAAGCCUUAAAUUUAAAGCCGAACCUACUGAAGGGGGUGUAUGAGAUGGGUUUUAAUGCACCUUCAAAAAUACAAGAGACCGCGUUGCCUACUUUAUUAGCGGAACCGCCUCAGAAUCUCAUUGCCCAAUCCCAAUCUGGUACUGGCAAAACUGCUGCAUUUGUGCUUGCCAUGCUUAGCAGAGUGGACCCUACUAAAAAAUAUCCGCAGGUGUUGUGUUUGUCGCCCACUUAUGAACUUGCGAUUCAAACUGGCGAAGUUGCCGCUCAUAUGGCGAAAUUUUGCCCGGAAAUCGAAAUGAGGUUUGCUGUUAGAGGAGAGGAGCUACCCAGAGGGACCAAAUUGAGUGAACACAUUGUGAUUGGCACACCAGGGAAAGUGCUGGACUGGGGUACAAAGUUUAAGGUGUUUGAUUUAAAAAAGCUUACCGUCUUUGUGCUUGAUGAAGCUGAUGUGAUGAUAGCCACCCAAGGACAUCAGGAUCAGUGCAUUAGAAUACAUAAAAAUUUGAGCCCAAAUUGCCAGAUGAUGUUCUUUUCAGCAACAUACGAUCAGGAAGUGAUGGAUUUUGCAGAGCAUAUUGUAAAAAAUCCAGUUAUUAUAAGACUGAAGCGGGAAGAAGAGAGUUUAGAUAAUAUUGCACAAUAUUAUGUUAGAUGUGCCACACCUGAAGAAAAAUAUGCCGCGCUUACAAACAUUUAUGGAACCGUAGGUGUAGGUCAAGCCAUAAUUUUCUGUCAUACUCGAAAAACAGCGGCGUGGUUGUCAGAAAAAAUGACCCAAGAUGGACAUGCCGUGGCAGUUUUAACUGGCGAUUUAACUGUAGAGCAAAGAAUAAAUGUCUUGGACAGAUUCAGGCAAGGCAGUGAAAAAGUUCUGAUCACUACAAACGUGUUAUCGCGGGGCAUAGACGUAGAACAGGUUACCAUCGUCGUCAACUUUGAUUUACCAGUCGAUUUAAAUCAUCAAGCUGAUUGUGAAACUUACCUUCAUCGAAUCGGGCGCACCGGAAGGUUUGGCAAGAAAGGCGUUGCUAUCAAUCUAAUCGAUUCUGAUCAAGCAAUGAAAGUAUGCAAAGAUAUUGAGGAACAUUUUGGAAAGAAAAUCAGCUACUUAAAUGCGGAAGACUGUGACGAAAUCGAGAAAAUCGGGGCUUAGAUGAUUCCGAAAACUCCUUUCUAUUUAUUUAUCUUUUAAAGAAAUGCUUUUGUUUUAUUAUCAUCAGAAAAAGUUUUGUAUUAGCAUUAAUCGACUUUGUUUUAUUUAUGCACUUUUGCAAAAAUUGGUGUAU